AUGGAGCAGGCGAACCACACUGGCAACCCCAGCUUCCUGCUGGCCAGCUUCGCGCUGGCAGGCAGCCUGAGGCCCCUGGCCUUCACCAGGGCGCUGCUCAUGUACCUGCUGACGCUGGUGGGCAACGUGCUGGUGGUGGCGCUGGUGCGCGCAGAUGCGGGGCUGGCCACGCCCAUGUACUUCUUCAUCAGCGUGCUGUCCUUCCUGGAGCUGGGCUAUGUGAGCACCACGGCGCCCACGCUGCUGGGCACCCUGCUGCAGGGCGGGCACGCUGUGCCCGCUGCUGCCUGCUUCGCACAGCUCUAUGUGUUCCUCUCGCUGGGCAUGACUGAGUGCUACCUGCUGAGCGUCAUGGCUCUGGACCGCUACCUGGUCAUCUGUUGGCCGCUGCGCUACCACGCGCACUUGAGCCCGCGGUUGUGUUGGGGGUUGGCGGGCGCCACGUGGGCGGCGGGCUUCUCUGUGGCGCUGGUGCCCGCGGGGCUCAUGGCCUUGCUCCCCUUCUGCCUGCGUGAGGUGGCGCACUACUUCUGUGACGUGGCGCCGCUCAUGCGCCUGAUCUGUGUGGACACGGCUUGGCACGCCAGGAUCAUCAUCAAAGUGGUUGCCAUCAUCAACACCUCCAACCUGGUGCUGAUUUUGGGCCUCUAUGGGGGCGUUCUGCGUGCGGUGCUGAAGCUGCCCUCGGCGGCCAGCCGUGCUAAGGCCUUCUCCACCUGCACCUCGCAAAUGAUCGUGGUGACCCUCUUCUUUGGCUCGGCCUUUAUUGUCUACGUGGGCCGGGAGGGCAGUCAGCCCCAGGAAGGUGACAAGCUUCUUGCCUUGGUGUACACUUUUCUCACCCCUUUCCUCAAUCCCAUUAUUUAUACACUUCGCAAUAAGGAGGUGAAGGAGGCUGUCAGGAGGGUCACUCAGAGGUCAGGGCUGUGCUGA